AUGAAUUUUUUAAAAAUUCUCCUCACAAUUUAUUACUUUAAGCUUUCAAGCACUGCACUCAAUAGUCCAAAUGUGACCUCAGAAGAAGCUUUAACAUCAACAGCAAUUGCUGACAUUUGUGAGGAAUUUUUCAUCAAAAAAUCAAUAAAAUUUGACUUAAUAAUUUAUGGCGAACGUACGCGUCAUCUUGAAGAUGUUGCUGAUGGUGUUUUGGGGCUGAUAAGCAGCUUUGCAUUAAUAACUGUCCAGCAUGUCGAAAAUAUCACUCAAUGGCAUCACAAUCUUGAAGAUUCAGCAGUUCUUCUCUUCAAAAACACAAAUUAUUUAACAAAUUUCAAUUAUUUGACAAAUUUAACGAAUUUUUCACCAAAAGAAAUGAAAUUUUUAAUUUAUUGUGAGAAUUAUGACAAUUUUGAAGCAGUUCCAGCUAUAAUUUACUACAAUGCAGACGGCGCUCAUAUCAGUUCUUAUGAAUAUUUCAUUAUAGAUGCCAAAGACAACAUCCAAGUCAUGACUUUUGAUCACUUUAGGGACGACUCUUGCAAAUCAAUCGUCUCAAAAAGCUACAAAAUUGUGAACAACUUUAAAAAGUCAGCUUUAAAAUGGCAGCAAGAAUUGACAGCAGAUCAAAAGACAUGCUAUCAAAGUAAAAUGUUUGAGUUUAUCACGACAGACAUUAGAAAGCCAGCACCAGAGACACUUGAGGAUGUCAUUGACAGAGGAUAUACGUUUGUUGUUGUAGAGGAUCCGGUGGUUUUUAGUGAAUUUCUUGUUGGUGUCAUUGGCAGUGCUGGUGAAAGCCUAAAAAUAAAGUCUACAAAAUUCGACAUUGACUGCAUCAAACUUUACUGCCAAAGCAUCCAAAGUUCAUCAAGUAAGCUUGCAUUCAUCCACACCAGCAAGUUCUUUAGCAACACAAAUUCAAUCUGUGAAGGCUCACUGAUUAAACUCAAAAAUUUUCAUUUGAAUGCCAUUCCAGCUGGCUUAAGAUUAAACAUGAACAGCAUUUUACAUCCAAUUUUCAUUGAUGUUAUGGACCGAAUGAUUGCAUCUGGAGUUCUUCAGUAUCUGGAAACUUUCAGUUCUGAAGCAUUGUUUGGAAAGUAUCAAGAAGUUGAAGACAAUUUGCCAAAAGUUUUUGCACUCGAUGACUUGAGUUUUGGAUUUAUUUUGUGGAUAUACGCGUGUGGACUGUCAAUUAGUGUGUUUUUAUUCGAAUGCUUAAAGGAGUCUGCAAGUUCUUCAAAGUUUGACCAGAUUUCAAUUUUAGAGUCUUCUUUGGUUCCAACAGUAAUUUUUGAAAUUUCCGUGGAAUUUUUCAUCAAAAAAUCAAUAAAAUUUGACUUAAUAAUUUACGGUGAACGUACGCGUCAUCUUCAAGAUGUUGCUGAUGGUGUUUUGGGGCUGAUAAGCAGCUAUGCAUCAAUAACUGUUCAGCAUGUCGAGAAUAUCACUCAAUGGCACCAUAAUCUUGAAGAUUCAGCAGUUCUUCUUUUCAAAAGCACAAAUUAUCUAACAAAUUUCAAUUAUUUGACAAAUUUAACGAAUUUUUCACCAAAAGACAUGAAAUUUUUAAUUUAUUGUGAGAAUUAUGACAAUUUUGAAGCAGUUCCAGCUAUAAUUUACUACAAUACAGAUGGCGCACAUAUCAGUUCUUAUGAAUAUUUCAUUAUAGAUGCAAAAGACAACAUCCAAGUCAUGACUUUUGAUCACUUUAGAGACGAUUCGUGCGACUCUGGAACUCCCAAUGAUUUCAAAAUCGUGAACAUAUUCGAUAAGUCAGCCUUAAAAUGGUACACAAAUUUUACGUUUCAUAAUAAAUUUGUAGACUUCAAAGGCUGCAUGCUGACUCUAACAAGCUAA